AUGGGGAAAAACGAAUCAUACGAAAAUGGGUUCCUAAUAUUUGAAGAUUACAACUUUGUUACCUACACGAAAAGGCGCGGAGGGAGAGUCGACUGGCAGGAAAAAAAGAAGCAUUUGCACAAUUUCAAUGUUAGCGCGUAUCUCUAUAAACCCUUCCAAAAUUGCAACCUCAGCCUAGUCAGUAACAGCGCAAACUUAAGACGUGCCACAGAAAAUAAGCUUUUCAAAAGGAUCCAACUAAACAUAAAAUGGCUAAUUAAAUUUAUUAAAAGAAUAAAAAGAAGAGUUAAGAAUAUAUACUUAUUUGUAAAAUUUGUGAGCUCAAAAUGUAUACUUAAACUGUCCAGCUUUUACUAUUUAAAGUACAUUGUGGAGAAAAUUUACGAAGAAAAGUUGGAAACAUCUGUGCGUGUAGUCCUACCCGUGUCAGAUUUGCACAAGCUUUAUACCUUUGUCUAUCACCAGAACUUUUGCUUUAUAAAUUAUUAUGAGGAGUUUCUGUCCAAAAGAGAUGCACGCCGAUUAAGGCGGUUCUACUGCCCCGUCGUCGUGCUGAACGGUCCCAAUAGGGUGUUAACCCUCCCCUAUAAGAGGAUAUACGGUCGGGAUGUUGUAAAAAUGGAUACACGGGGGGGACGAAGUGGGAAAAAUGCGCCAAAGGGGAAAACUCACCCCAAUGCUAACAAACACCAGCGCGCAAGUGCCACCACCACAAAAACGCACCGGAGAAAAAGCAUAAAAAUAGAGAAGGAGAAAAUAAAAAGGGCUAUAGGGAAAAGCUUGCACACAAGCGAUAUAGGCCUCUUCGCAGGAACCUUCGACAAAAUACAUUUUGGGCAUGUACUGCUACUUUUUUACUCCAUUUUUCUAACAGAGAAGUUUUACUAUGUCGGAUUAUAUAAUAAUAAAAAUAUUCAUAACAAAAAAUAUGCACAGGAAAUUGACGACUUGAAGUUACGGAUUUACAACAUAUCGGACAUUCUCUUUUUAAUAAAAAAUGUCUACCACGUUGAAUUUUUUUUUCUCAAUUUUGAGCACGUCACGCCAUUUAUAAAGAUAAAAAAUUCUCAUAAAAUUUUAUUUCAAAUUAUGAUGAAUCAGAAAAAUGAGUUAUUGGGGCGGCAUCGCCAAGGUGGGUACAAAAAAUGUGAAGUGUCCACCCCGCACCGUAUUGAAGCCACACCUGUGAACACAUACAUUGCAAAAAGGAGAGACUUAGAAAUGUACCUCUCCCGUAGGAGUACCAAAACGGGCGCAACACAGUGCAGUGAAAAGGGGGAUCACUGGGUAGAUCAUUUCGUUACAAAUGAAAUGAAAAAAAAAAUUGAAAAAUAUUUACUUUUUCACGUUGGCAUUGUGAAAGCAAGGAGAUGCAAAAAGAAGGACAACAAAAUUAUCGUGUUGAAUAGAAUACAUGACCCAUUUUCCUUCGCAGUAGAUAUUAACGAUUUGUACUGCUUAACAAUGUCCAAGGAAUCUGAGGCCAAUGGGUAUAUUUUGGUAAACAAAAGAAAAUUACAAAAGGCAAAGGAAAAUGCACAUUCAAAUAAGAGGCCAAGGGGGGGAAGAACCCCCGAUCAGAAAUGUGAAAACUGCAAACAUAUCAACGUAGAACCAAGCGGGGUGAGCACCCCUUUGGAAAAGCCAAGAACAAGUCUGAACAUUUUUGACACCAUCAAUUUAGGGGAUGGAGAGAAAAUCAGCUCGACAUUAGUCAGGGAGGAAAAUAUUUUUUUAAAAAAAAAAAAAUUUGCAAAAUUUUUAAGACACUUUGUAGACGCUUGCUUAUUCUUUCACAUUGAUCACUUCCUGAUACAAAUGUAUGCCGAUAUUUUUUUGCACAAAAAUGGCAGGACCUCUUUUAAGAAGCUCUACAUAAAUAAGGUGAAAAAUUACUUUUAUAAAAGAGAAAGGACCAAAUGGGAGACGCAGGGGAGUUGCAAAAAGAGUGGCCACAGAAGCGGCAAAAAAAAGGAUCAUUUUAUUGUUAACGAUUUUUUCAGAAACUUAUUCGUUCUGUUGUCCUUUUUCGUCAACCAUUUUGCCGAUCUGGAAAAUCGCCCACAUAAUAAAAUUCAACUUUUUCUCAAAAUUUCCAUCGAGCUUUCUUUCUUUUUUUACAAUAACAUGAUUUUGCUGUUAGUUAAAAAGAAGGAGGUGCUAAUAAAUCAAAACUUCUGCACCAAGCACAAGAAUGUACAGCAGAAAAUAAGCAUGUUCCACCCGUGUGAUGACAACGCACUGCGAAUUUACCUGCACAGGGUGGAGGAGCCCCUCCUGGAGGAAGUGCUUAACCAGGUUCUUCUUUGGACCCUUUCACUGAUAUCGCUGUCUGUUCUGUGCAAGUUUUACCACUCGGAAAUUCUGCCAAGGGGGAAGCUGGCACGUGUGCGGAAAUCGUCAAAAUGCAGGGAAUUUGUCCAGUUGGGGAACACGGCACAGAAAAUGCAAAGCCUGAAUGAGUCAGCCCUUCAUCCCCCUGUGCAACCGCGCAGUGAUCCAAAUAAAUUGAGCAAAAAAGACAACCCACAUGGGGAAGAGAAAGAGCAGUCCGAAGAGCCAACCCGCAGUGAUUCUUCAUUACGCAAAAUGAACUACGCUGCAUACUUUUACAACUACUCGAAAGACAGGGGGCUACACAAACGGGGUCCCAUCGUCACACCAUAUACCCUCUUCAAUCACGCUCUAACGAGGAGGUUCAAAAUGAGGAAGUCCCUACUGCGUCAGCACCGUGAAAUUGUGCGAGAGUUGGAUUCUUGCGGCAUGGCAGCGGGGGGAGGGGCCAUCGGCAGGAGCACGAGUAUGGACAAGCCGGAUGGAAAUACCUACGUGAAGCUGCCACAAGACGAAGUUUACCACGCGCCGUCCUUAAAAAGAGAAAGAAAAAUUCUGAACAAUUUGUAUAAAACAAAAAUUAGGAGUGAAAAAAAUGCCCCCAUUUGGAUAAACAAAAUGAGUGAUAAAGAGAUUGAAAAUUACGUCAGGGGAAAAAACACAGAUGCGACGAGCUACCACAAUGAAAGGUACACAUCGUUAAUGCAGAUAAAUAUAAAUAAGGGGGACGAAAGUUUCCUCGUCCGAAAGGUGCUGAUAUAUAAAUAUCUAGACAGCUACUUUAUCUCCUUUUUCUCCUUCUACUCGAUAAAUCACGUGGGCAUAAAUCAAAGUGUAAAAGGUACCCACACAAAAUGUAAUAAAAUUGAUCAUUUGUUAUUCCUCCUUUUGGUGCACUUUGAGAAGCACAUUGAAAUGGUCGUAAAUAGUUUUCUUAAAAGGACGUGGGAAUUAAAACCGAAAAGAAGGGAAGGUCCCUUUGACCCAUACGUCCUCUACCAGAAAAGGUAUUCACUCAUUCACAGAUACUUAGUUAUGAAUUUAUCUCCAGUGAAUAACUACCUCUUAGACUUUGAACGGAAGUACGAUUUUAAAAAGGGAGACACCACCUUUGCAGACACGCCCUUUCACAUCAAGAUAGGAAAUUGGGAAUGUCCCAAGGGGAGUACGUCUGCAAAUGCCUCCAAAAUUGCCAACCAUUUGAGCGUCCUAACAUUUUAUAACACAAUUUUUCAAAGCAUUUUAACACACGCAAAUUAUUACUACCCCUUCUUCGCUUCACUUAAUUACUUGUAUUUGGAUGACGUUUGA